UGGCUAACGGAGUCAGUCGAUGAUCGCAGCCGCUCGCACUAAGAUGUGAACUCGCACGUUCGACUCGCAUUAGAGUUGGACGAUAAGGCUUGCUAACAGCUAUCAAAGCAUUAUAAGUAUCGAAAUGAGUGUCCACUCCAGUGACCUUGAGGCUUGCGCGUCCCAUUGUGCGCGAACGUGACGUUUUAAUCAUUAUUAGUAACGCGUUCGGCAGACAAGCAACGGGCGGAGUCGAGCAGACAGUAGUUCCGAGGGUCACAUCGCACGAGCAUUCGGCGAACGGCGGAUGCCGCUCAGCAGCUUAUAUAUACAUCGUGAUAUUACUGUUACAGUAGUGCGCCGAGUUACGCGCGACGCGUAAUGUUUUUCAGCCAGCGACCCUCUAUCCGUAUCGUGUGCAGCUCCUCAAAUUAAUAACGGUCCGAGCGCUUGUGCAGGCUGCUCGUUAACGCGACUUGUUUCUAAGCUAGUCGCUUCUCGAUCGUCAUCGCUGCUUCUGCUCAAGCCGUUCGUGCAAUGACAGAUCGUAUGAGCAUUGUUUGACUUCAAAGAAUGCCUCGUUCAUCUUUAUGCCAGUGAAUAAUCGUAGCUUGUAGAGCUUUAUUCAAGACAAAUUACCUGGAACAUGGUAUAUUUCAGUCAACUGCUCCUGUAUAAUAUUUCAAGCUCCGAAUUGACUAUUUAUUUUUGCGUGAACAACAUGAGAUAACGAUAACGUUUCAGUGAUUCGCGUUGUUUUGACGUGAAGGCGUCGAGAAAUGCUCAUCAUGAGUGCCAUAAUAAAUGUUCUAUUUUCACAUUGCCGUAGUAAUAUUUAUUUGAUUGUUGGCGUUUGUCUUGGUUUGAGUAUAAGUCUACUAUUUGCUCCGAUUGAAUUAAACGAUUGCCAAGAUUUGGAUGAGCCCUUACCAUAUUCUUUGAACAGUAAUGAUCCUGUGGAUGAGUAUGAGCCAAGACUUAACAUGGAUGCAAAACCUCAGAAAGCCAAAAAAAUCCCAAAAGUUUUUAUAAGACCCAGGUAUUAUUCUACUGAACUGGGUAUCAGAGAAAAAUUAUUUGUUGGAAUUUUGACAAGUCCAGAAUUUCUCCAUAGCAGAGCAGUUGCGUUAAAUAAAACAAUCACACACUUGGUGGACAAAAUAAGAUAUUUUGUAUCAAUACCUGAAGCUACUAAACCUAAUGUAUCUUUGCCAGGAAUUGUUGGUUUUACUGAUACUAAAAGUAUUCUACAGCCUUUUCAUACAUUGAAGUAUAUAACAGAUAAUUAUUUAGAAGAUUAUGAUUAUUACUUUUUUAUAAAAGAUAUAGCCUACGUCAAUGCUAGAUCCCUCGUUGAAUUUGUUAAUAAAAUAAGUGUUAGUCAAGAUAUAUAUAUGGGAGUCCCCACUAAAAAUGGAGCACACUGUUCUUUAGAUUCUGGUAUACUUUUGAGCAAUUCAAUCAUCAAAAAUGUUAAAAAUAAUUUGGAUUGGUGUGUUAAAACUACAUAUUCUUCACUCGAUGAUGUUAAUUUUGGUCGCUGUAUUACUCAUUCCACUGGAUUACAUUGUUCAAAUGAAAUUCAAGAACAAGUUUACCAUUCCAUAAAAUUAAAUACUACAAUAAAUUACAAUGAAAAUCUUUCAGAAAUUUCUGAAAACAAGGAUUUUCUGAAAUCAAUUACAAUAUACCCGUUAUAUGAUCAUCUUGCUAUAUAUAAUUUGAAUAUCAACAAUGCAAAGAUGGAAUUGAAAAAAGUUCAAGAAGAAAUUGAUCUGAUCAGAGAAAACAUCAUUAAAACUUUUGAAUUCACUCCAAAAAACAAAUUUGAUCUUACUUGGCCAAUAGGUAAUCAACCGAGAAAUAAGGCUUUUAAUAGAUUUGAUAUCUUGCGAUGGACAUAUUUUAAUCAGACUCAUGUCUUCUUGAAUGAUGAUUUUGGAACUGUCAAAGAAUUUGAUGAAAAUCAAAAAGAAGAUAUAAAUUCUAUAAUUCAUGAAACUGUAGAAAAAGUUAGGAAUAUAAAUAAUGGUCUAAAAUUUAGAAAAGUAGUUAAUGCAUACUGGAAGUUUGAUUCAUCUAGAGGUAUUGAUUAUUUAUUUGAUUUUGAAUUUAUUACAAUUUUGGGAAAAAUAAUCAAUAAAAGAAUAGAAGUUUGUAAACCAUUGGGUAAAGUUGAAAUUUUGCCGGUGCCUUAUGUAACAGAAAAUUCAAGAAUAAAUAUGAUAAUUAUUAUUGACGCUAACAAAAUAAUUCAAGCUUUAGAGUUUCUGAGUCGAUAUGAAGACAAUUGUAUGAACAGGAAAGACAAAAUAUCUCUAACUAUUAUAUUAUUAUAUGAUCCUGGAAAUAUAUCAAAAGGUGACAACGAUUUAUAUCACAAGAUUAAAAAACGAGCUGUAUACUUGACUGAAAAGUAUAGAAAAGAUCAACUAAAGGUUACAUGGUUUUCAAUAAGAUUACCUAUUGCUUUUAAGUUUAUAGAAGAAGAACCACUAUUGAAAGUAGCUAUUGCAGAUUUAUACGUAAGAAAGCUCUCUCCAGAAAAUCUUAUAUUAUUUGCAGAUAUUCAAAUGGAGCUGAAACCUGAAUAUUUCAAUAGGGUACGCAUGAAUACCAUUAGCCAGUGGCAAGUUUAUAGUCCAAUUCCGUUUACACAGUAUCAUCCUCUUAUAGUGACAUAUAAGGAGAAAAUCAAAAAUAAUGAUUUUGAUAUUCUUCAUAACCAUGGAAGAUACGAUGAGUACAAUUUUGACUCUAUUUCUUUUUAUGUUCGAGAUUACAUGACAGUAAGAAAAACUACAGAUAAUAAGGUACCUAUAGUACAAACUGACAAGGAUAUUUCCAGUGUGCUGAAGUUGUCACAGUCUUCCAAAAUUGGUUCUAUAUUUGAAAUGUUUGUUGUCUAUAGUAAUUUAAAUACUUUUCGAGCUGUUGAACCAGCCUUGAAACUCAAAUACAAAGAAAUCCAUUGUACAGGCACAAAAAGUAAUGUAACUCUCGAAUCGUGCUUAAGAAAAAAAAAUAACAAUCUAGGGAAUCGUGGUCAGCUAACUAAGCUUAUAUUAGAUUACAAAGAACACAAUGAUAAUAAAAUUUAGUAAAUAACUUCUAUAUGUUAGUUUAUGAAGAUGUAAGAAAUUAAUGAACAUAUUGUAAUUGUUUUAAAUACUCAGAACUAUAUGAAUGAUUUAUAAUUAAUUUUGAAUAAUUUCUUAAGAAAUAUGGAUGUAUACUUUGUUAUUUGUAUGUUGAAUCUUAUAAAUAUAUAAAUAAUUUAUUAUAAAAUUUAAGAUGUAUUUGAGUUUUAUAAUGUGUUUUGCGUGUUAAUUAACAAAAGUACAAUAAUUUUACCACUUUUGAAGUCUCUUCUUCAAAAUACAUGUUACAUUUUAUCUUAUGAGCUGAAAAAAUGGAAUCAUUAAAAAAUUAUUUGUAAAACAA